CGGGUUGUGUACGCGGACGCGAACAGGUAGCAGACGUUUCAGCUGAUGUUUCCGGAAUCUAUCGAGGAAACCUGUUCACCUUGGAAGCGGCGAGACGAGACCAGAGGGCUGACCCUCGUGGGCGCAUGCGUGGAACUGGUUUCUGGGUGAAGGCCGCGCGCUUCCGGCUUUUAGCCGGCGCUUAGUCGAGAAAAGCCGGCCACUCGAGAACGAGCAGACCGCAUCACCCCUCGCCGAGAAAUGCAUCGCAGCACGACAGCCGCGUGCUUGGUCCUGUGCGCCGUCCUCGGCGCUGCAGUUGCCCAGACAGUUGAUGACGUCACAAGGCAAUGCCUCGACUGCAUCUGUCAAGCGAGCACCAAGUGCAACACCAAGCUGGCGUGCACGAACGCGGGCCCUAACUCCUACUACUGCGGACCUUACCAGAUCUCGUACGCUUACUGGGUCGACGCCGGCAAGCCGGGAGACUACCCACACUUCGAGGGCUGCCUGAAGGACAAGCGCUGCUCGGAGGCCACCGUGGUUAACUACAUGAACAAGUGGGGCACGGACUGCGACGGGGACGGUGUGGUCACGUGCUACGACUACGCGCGGAUGCACAAGGCCGGUCGCACGGGCUGUCCGGCGACCUGGGUGGACAGCACCGACUACUGGGACCUGUUCGAGCAGUGCAUGGGCGGAAACCAGGCCGGGGGACUAGAUGCCAGACGAUCCAAGCCAAAGACAUAAGACGACGAUUAAAAACGUACCAGAAAACA